CAGUUGCGCCUUCUUUUCAGCUUGCGACGAGCGCCCUACAGUCAGCGUUUAGUGAGUCUUGAUUCCAGUCAGUCUGCGUCGUGAAAGAAUUCCGGCGUGAUUCGAGCGUGUGUAUUAUUUAAGGACGUUAAGGCAGGACACCCCAUGGCGCUUCCUGAAAUAGAAUGUCCUUUUAUCACUGCCCAUUACGCGGCUUUAUCAAUUUGACGCAAAAACUUGCUUCUCGAGAUAUUCGUUGGGGUUGAUUAAGAACGAGAGAGACUAGGCAGCUAGAAGGACGGUCUCGAAUAGAUUCAUUGGGAAAGUCAUGAGCUGUCACGUCUGAUUGGGGGGCGUGUGGGAGGCAGGCGUCGACCUUCUUCCCGAAAGUGUGCUCUCCAGAAGUGUCUCAAGUGUAAAUUCCGCCCAAAUGUGAUACUUUUGUGGCAAAAUCGUAAGGACAAUUUUUAUCGGAGUGGUGUCGUUCCAAGAAGUCUCAGGAUACUCGUUGAGUUCCCAGUUUUUUCUGGUGAGUGGCAUUCUCGAAGGCAAUCAUUGUUUUUUGAGUGAAGCAAUUUCGAACGAUUUUGUGAGCAAUAAAAGGAAAGUGAAAAACGUUUGAUUGCCCCAUUUCGUGGGGCUUCCGAAUAAUUGAACCCAAUUUACGAUGGAUCCUUCUAAAGACGUCCACGUACAUCUGUAAAUUUAACCGCUUCGUCGCGGGUGAAAAAUGUUUAUGUAUAGAUGCAUGCAGCUUCUAAGAAUCUGCCAUUCUGCCAUUGCCAGGGAGGCGAAAGUGCAUUAAAGUUGGCUUGAGUGCAAUCGUGGGACCGGAAAGGAGGAGGCGGAGUGAAGUGCAAGUGCUGAAUGGAAAAUCGCUUGAGGGAGAAGAUAUCCUUAGAUACUUCGUCUGUCUAUGAUUUACGGCAAUUGUUAUUUUAAUCAAAUUAACUCUCUCUGAGUUUUUGGAUUUAGUGUGAAGCUUGCGGAAGGAUACGUGAUUGUGACUUCCACACUUUAAUGAAAUGUACACCAUCACCGUACGACGGGAUUUAAUUUGAGAGAAUGAGGUUGUUUUGAGUGGAAUAGUUGAUAUGUUUUAAAUUGGAUUGAGAGGUCGAGAACGAUCGAAAACAAUGGCACGAAGGAAGAGGUACUUCUUGGACUGGUUCAAUCUUUUCGUCAUCGAAUGGAUUGCUAUUUCGGACACAUGCUUGAGUGCAUUUUGCCUGCGAGAUCUUAAAAUAUUCGUGCCGGACGCAGUGGUAGCGGGAACAGCGGCGAGGUUAUCUUGUCAGUACGACUUGGAACAAGCUGCUUUAUAUUCCGUUCGGUGGUAUUUCGAUACAGAAGAAUUCUACAGAUACGUUCCUAAGGAAUCGCCUCCUGGACGCGCCUUUCCAGCUUCUGGACUCAAUGUCGAUCUAUCAACGUCUGAUUCACACGCGGUGACUCUUCGAAGCGUGACGAAGGAUCUUACUGGAAACUUUCAAUGUGAAGUAUCUGAGGACGCGCCUCUUUUCCACACCGACAUUAGGCUAGCACAUAUGCAAGUGAUAGAACUGCCCAAGGCUGAUCCCUUCUUGCAAAUCGAUAAACAAAUUAUAGGACCAACCGAUUUUUUCAAAGCUAUUUGUACAGUAGGAAAGUCGUACCCACCAGCGAAUAUUACUUGGUUCGUGAAUGGAAGAAGGGUAUACAAAUCACCAUUUCAACGAAUCAGCUACCAUCCACAAGAGGGGUCCUCAACAUUUUCUACUCUGGAGAUGUACCCGCACAGUCAAAUUAUGCAAUCAAUCUUCCAACCAACGCCGAAAUUUCACACUAGCAUAUUAGUACUAUGCGAAGUCUCGAUCCUUCGUAUAUAUCAACGAAAUGUACAGCAACGAAUCUUCCUAUCCAGGAUGGCGCUCACAACUAUGUCGCCGAAUCUCCUCGGCCUCGAAGGAUCCAAAAGAGGCAACGAGCCGGAUAAUUCGCCUCUUACCGGAGGAGCCAACGGAGUGCAUCCACAGGGCCUGGUGUUGUGGAUAAGAGUUACGAUUUCAUUAGGACUCAGCAUCCCCCUAAAGUUGAUUUUUAACCAACAUAAGUCGAUGUACGUAACGUGAUUGAUAUGGACUUAUCUAAAAUUCGAUGAAAAAAAGGACGGACAUUUUUCUUCCAGCUAAGGCCAAAGCCGAGAUGGGGUUUAUUUUAGGCAACUGGAAUGAAUAAUAUUAGAAUUUUUAUGUAAAUAGAUUACCUCCAAGAUUGUUGCUGUUAAGAAACUUCGGAUAAGCUGGCCGGAACGGGAACAAUUGAAUUCCUUCGAGUAUAUCUAGCAUUUGCGCGGGUAUAGCUUAUCCUGAAACUCCAACUAAUACGUAAAUAAAAAGUGUGUUCCCAAUAAGGGCAAAAUAAUCAAAAUGGAUGAAAUUCCGAAAUCUAAAUACCAAACGACAAAAAUAUUCCAAUAUCGCAAAUUAUUAAGGGUUUCAAAUAAUGCCCCUUUAUCACCCCAACCCACAGAUUUCCAGUAUCAGUACCUUUUGAAGUCGUUUCGUACUUAUAUUUCAUCAGGACAUAUUUCAUCCUAUAAAUUGAGCUUAUUUUUGGCCCAGAAAACAUCCUCCACCAAAUAUUUUCCGGUUCCGUAUUUCAUAGCCUCUUUAUGUUGAAAUGAGCACCUAUGGGUUCUUCUGACCUCGCCUACACCCACUAAAAUAUCCUUGGAGUUAUCCUAACAGAGAUUCCUCCUUUCCAGUUCAGCUGUUUCCCUGAAGGUAUAAGUUUUCUUGUCUAGAUUUUCAGUUUAUGGGAGAAUAUUAUUAGAAUUUCCUUUUAUUUUGUCACCCUCGAAUCUGGUGUUUUCUCGGAGUCCCUUAUCCGAUUUCCGAUCCAAGUAUUGGAAACAUUCAGCGUAGUAAGCACCAUUUAUUUCCAGAGAAAAUUUCAAGGCCAAAUGUUAAUAUCGAGGAGCAUCUUUUAACGUGAUUUAGUGAAUAUUUUUGGUGAAAUUAGAUAAACGAGCUGAAAUUGGCUUGCAAUGAAGGAAAUUGUUCUCGUUCAAACAGCUCGUCAUAUAAUGAAUGUAAAAUUCUGACAGAUUAAAGAUGAAGGACGCCCAUUUAAUUAAAUUUUCCUCUACGAAAGGAACGUGUGGAUAACGUAUGGGGAUAUGAAUAUAAAUAUAAUAAAACUGAAAAGACAA